CAGUUGUAUACAGCAUUGAACCCACCCAUGGUAGCCUGGCUGGGGGCACCAUGGUCUUUGUACAUGGAAGAGGUUUUGCAAAUGAUCAGUUUAAUUUUCAUGAUCCAUUGCUGGGAAACAAAAUAUUGUUCAAAUCAGAUAAACACCAAGUGGAAUGUCAUAUAACGCCAACAGAUGUGUCGGAAAAAAGAAUUGGCUGCGAGACUGAACCAUCGCCAACAGUCACUGACGGCGAAUACGAACUCGUGAUGUUUGUAAAUGGAGCCUUAGUAACGAGGUAUUGCGGGCGUCACCAGAAAUGCACAUUCCAGUUUUACAAAUGGAGAACUCCGACCAUCGAUGAUUUCACUCCUCGGGCUGCAAUACCAGGAACACCCGUUGAAAUCUUUGGAAAAAUUCAGACCACUCAAUUCAGCCGACUUUCUCCUGGAUUUUCAGCUGAUAACAAGGAAAUCACUAGAAUCUAUGUUGGUCUAGAAUGUAACCCGUUCAACGACGAGACGAACGAGCUGUUUGGAGCGGAAUUAGAAGACUGUGGUUGGACUCCAAAUUGUCGUGGCUCAUUUCAGUGUCUACCUAAAACACGGACUCCUGGCUCCCACUCGGCUUCCUAUUUGGUUUCAUUACUUGGAAGGUCACAAGUGAAUAAGAACUUGUGGCGAGUAGAUGCAAAUCAAGAGCUGUACCUCUAUCAAACACAUCCAGAUAUUCAGAGCGUUUCGCCGUCUUCUGGAAGUCUUCUAGGCGGGACCAUUAUAACAAUUCGAGGCAAAGGUUUUAGCGACAUCGCCAAAAACGUCAAAGUUUUUGUUGCCGGGUCUCGUGGUCUCCUUCGUGAAAUCUGGACCGCGACCGUGAAGUCCAACUUAGCAGACAUUGCUGCCCUACAGUCGUCUGCCGCUGACUUUCAUUUUGAGUACUUGACCGAAAGUAGCUUACCGAAAACUGUGUCCUGGGAUAGAAAUUCUGGUUAUAGCGCCAGGGUGACUGGCUAUUUCGUGCCCUUUCAAGAUGACGUGUACAGAUUCGGUAUCCUAUCAGAUGACACUAGCGAGCUAUAUCUUAGUUUGAAAGGCGACCCCUCUGACAAGAUCAAGAUCGCGAGUUGCUCAUCAGCAACAACGAACUGGGACAGUAACAGCGUACAGGAGUCUGAACCGUUCUCUUUAGAGGCAGGCAAGGAAUACUAUAUUGAGGCAUACCACAACGACUAUGGCGGUGGCCAUCACAUGAAAAUCCGAGUGGGCAUGGAGAUGACUCAACACACCAACGCUGAAGUUGGUGCUGCAAGAGACGAAAAACAAAAAAUCAGGAUCAGCUCGUCUGUGCUGUGGGAAAAACAGAUUUUGGACUUCACUGACUGGAACGAAGAUGAGAGAGUUUGCGAAGUGCAACGACUUUCUCUUCAGCCAUUGCAGUGCGUGGAAACUAACAUUACAUCUUGUAACAAUACCAGUGAUACUUUCACGUUGUCUUACUUUGAUGAAAGCAUAACGUUAUCCUUACAAGGCACCAACAGCUCAAUAUUGGCGCAGAGAUUGAGUGAACUUAAUGCUUUUACAGGCCGGGGUCAAAUUAACGUCAAUGCUGCUAAAGUGACAGAAGGAAAUGCCACCUUGUUUCUCAUUCGGUUCUGCUUUAAUGAUCCGCGAGGGAUUGAGGUGUUGAACGGAACUGCACAGAGUAACCAAACCCUGGACUUAAGUAUAACUCGCGACGUGAAGGGAGAGUCCGCCAAAGAUUUUCAGCUCUUAAUCGGUGGUGUGCCAUCCAUUGUUUUGAAGCCGAACUCUAGCAUUGAUAAGAUCGAGAAAGCUCUUAAACGCUGGUUUUCUGUUGAAUGCGAAGAAUCCUCCAUAGUCGGGCGUAUCUUUUAUAAGGACUACGAAGGAGAAAAUAUUUAUGGAAGGGAGUCUGGUGAAAGAGUUUCCGAUAUGCAAGCCUUCUGCGGAAGACAUGCUUUGAAAAAUCCGACAAUUCUAUGGAAGGCUGAUUACUCGGCAUACUUGAAUAACUUCCCUCAACCUACAUAUUCAGUUGCUAGGUACAAAUGGUUUUGCUUCGCCUACAAAGGGCCUAUAAAAGACCAAGUGAGGUUUCGAGUGAAAUACCGAGAUAGCGUUAAUGAAGAGAGAUACUCGACGCGCUGGUACAGCUUCAUUAGAAGUUCUGCACAGCUCUCCAACUGGGGAUUUUCAUGUAUAGAUGUCUGGUCGAAGAUUAGCGAGGACUUUGGAGAUCAGGCAAAGAGUGUUGAGAUGUACAGUAUCGAAAUCAGCCGCCUUGAGGGGUAUGACGAAGAUGUUUUCGUGGAUAAUGUGUGGAUUGGUAAAAACCAACUAUUAGUAACACCAGUGAGCAGUGGCGCCAUGCCAAAUGGUUUCAUCAUCAAAGACUACAAAAUAGAAAAGACCACUGAGACGAACUGGACUAUCUCCCUCCUCCCUGCAAAUUGUGGCUCCCCCAUGCCGCUGUUUUCCGUUGUAGAGUACACCGGGGAGGAAAAUGGCAGCCCUGAUGAUGUCACGUACACUACACCGGGCCUCAACUCCACUGUCCGAGUGAGAAGAAUUCAAGAAGCUUCACCUCCAAUAGAAGGAACGUUUGACAUCGACUAUAACGGAAAUGUGAUCAAGGACAUUCCAGUCGACAUAUCUGCAACGAGACUCCAGGAUCUUUUCGAGCAGGAGUUCGAAGAAGGUAUAAUUGAAGUUGAACGAUCUGGGCACUGUGCAGAGUUUGAAUGGACUUUCACAUGGAAGACUCACGGAGGUAAUCAUCCUGAAGUCAGGGUCAAUGACAGCGGACUCACUGGUGUUCAAGUGACCACAACGGUAACAACCAUUCAAGAUGGCGGCUUAUUCUUGGAUCCAAUCCCUGGUGAAUUCUUACGAGUGCCAUCGACCCAAACUCAGGUUGUGGUCGUGGUGAACGAAAUCACAGGAUCGUGUUCGGACAACAACUGCUCUUUCAAUUAUUCCGCGGACCAAACGCCGAAGCUGACGUCUAUAUCACCGGCCUCUGGUCCCGGAGGUCCCGAAGGCACAGGGACAGUAAUCACUUUGGGUGGCACAGGAUUCUCCUCUAACAAUGGCGACAAUAUUGUAACAAUAGGUGGCUCCACCUGUGUCGUCAUCAGCAGCGAUAUUGGCAACAUAACUUGUCGAGCUGACUAUGGGCCCGGUGGAAGACACUUGGUUGAGGUCCUCGUAAAAGAGAAAGGUCUUGCAGACAAUAAUCAACUACUUAAUUUUACCUACAUCAUUACUGCUACGUCAGUUAGUCCGGCCAGCGGCAGUAUAGCUGGUGGACAGGUGAUCACUAUUUCUGGCAGUGGCUUCGGAAGCAAAAAAGAAAAUGCGUCAGUGUUGCUUGACGGUUCCCCUUGUGACGUACUUACCAUCACCAUGUCCCAGAUCACAUGCAGAACCUCUGCACAUUCAGCGGGAACAGUUUCUGUAAACAUUUCUAUCGAUGAAAGUUCUGUUACUGUUUCCAAUGCAUUUAAAUACGAUUCGUCUCUCACUAUUGACGUCACUAGCGUGAGCCCACAGCAAGGGCGUGUCAGCGGAGGAGAGUUAAUUACCAUUUCCGGUUCCGGUUUUUUGAAUGAGACCAGCGUGCAAAUAGGAGAUCAGAACUGUGUGAUACAGUCCCGUACCGGGGUAGAAAUCACUUGCCUUGCUCCACCUCAUGCUCCAGGAAAGUUUGCUAUUCGACUUGUCACACCAGAAAAAGGUUUUGCGUCGAUCCCUACCGCAUACAACACCUUCGAAUACCUACUUGAAGUCCAUUCCAUUUACCCCCUGAGUGGCUCAGUUGCAGGCGGAACACACGUUACUAUCACCGGCAGGGGCUUUGGGUUUAACGUGACACGUGUCUCCGUUACGGUACAGGGCAGACCAUGUCGAGUCCUAUCAUGCAAUGAUACCCAAGUUAUAUGCGAAACAAAGGAUAAUUUUCAAACUGUGGAAAUUGACAACAGUGGACGUCAUCCGGAGUUUGGACUUGGAUAUGAAUGGUCACCGAAACACGUGACUUGUUACCAAGGCGAUACGGUGAAGUGGAGCUGGGCCGGUCAGGAACUUUCCAACGCUGUAUACAACGUCUUUCAAACAAGAGAUUCUUCCUCAGUGCAGCACGAUGGGUCAGGUUUUCGCAGCAAUGCUCCUUCCAAGACUGGUAGUUUCAGUCAUAGGUUCUCGCGCACAGGAAUGUACUUCUAUGCUGGAAGCGGAUCUGUCACUAUGAAAGGCAUUGUCAAAGUUCUGUCACUCAGAACUCAGAGCGGACCAAUACAAUUUGUAGUUGAUGGUUUCGAAGCGGUGUAUAACUUAAGCUCAUCUCCAGUCCCCUCCACAACAUGCGAGUCUGGAAGGACAGAUAGUUUUCCUGGGUGCAAUUCUUCCCAGGCAGUUAAAAACUCUGGAAGCGAUGACUAUGAGUUUACUUACUUAGACUGCAGCACACCCAAGGUGUCCGCGGUGACGCCUUCCAAUGGCACGAGCGAUGCGACAAUAACAAUAAAUGGCCGUGGUUUUAGCGACGAAACGUGCCACAAUAAAGUAAAGUUUGGCUCCCAUGCCUGUGAUGUGAUUUCAUCUAGCGAGACAGAGAUCACUUGCAAACUAAAUACAGCAGGUUUUCCCGUUGCUGGUGUACCACGUGACGUAUCCGUUAAGGUACUUAACCGCGGCUACGCUUUUGUCCAGGCAGAUGUGGGUGAAACAGCCCACUUUGUGUUAAAGCCGACCGUUACAGCCCUGUCACCAAAGACUGGAUCUCAAGCAGGAGGAACACGGCUCACUAUAAAAGGCGAUGGAUUUAGUAACGCCAACAUUGACAACACUGUUCUCGUAGGCUCUACAGAAUGUGAUGUUAUAACCGCAUCAUUUGAUACAAUAGUUUGUACGACCCGUGAAAGUACUGAAGAAGCUCAACUGGUCUCAGUGACAGUCAAUACUGAGACAAGUGUGUGCGUUGCCGCUGGCCCUACCGAUUGCAAGUACACGUUUGCAGCUGAUAGAACACCAGUAGUAACGAUGGCGACUCCAGCAAUCGUAGACAGACCAAAAACAGAGUUUCGCUUCCAGAUGUUACAACCUCCCACUGCAGACGUGACAGUAACAAUUGGAAAUCAAGAUUGUGGCGUGACGGAGGUCAUGUCACAGCUAGUUAAAUGUGUUCUUCCUGGAAUCGUCUUUGGAAGCCAUACGGUGACUCUUCAUGAAUCCGGAAAAGGAUUCGCAAAGUUCAAUGAUGUAUCAGACGUUAUUGAUAGUAAGGCGAGUGUGAUAAGUGUUACUCCGACACAAAGUAGCCGAAAUGGAGGCCUAACCAUCGCGAUAGCAGGAAAUGGAUUUAAUCCGACAUCAAGCAGAACUAGUGUCACCAUUGGAGGAGAAAUAUGUGAGAUAGUCACGGUAACGUAUGGAGCAAUUAAGUGCGUCACACCACCUCAUUCUUUAAGAAGCGCUGUAACACUCCAGGUCACCGUUGAGUCUGAGAGCACCUCAGUGGAUUUUCCGUCAACAGAGAUUGCAUACACUGAGGACGCUACUCCUGUCUUGUCGUCCCUCUCAACACCCACUGGGAAAGGCGGGGAUGUCUUGACUAUCUACGGGACUGGCCUGGAUGCUUCGCCCUCUGAUAGUGCGGUCCAAGUUCUCAUUGGAGAUGAACCAUGCGCAGUGUUGAGCUCGGAUGAAGGAAAAGUAAAAUGUACACUGGUAGCUCACGCUGCUGGCUCUAACGAUGUUGACGUGCUGGUUCCAGGAAAAGGAAGAGCUACAUCUAGGCUUUCCUUCACGUAUGAUUUAAAGUUAGAAAGCGUCGUCCCCAACGAAAGCGGCUUCGGAGGUGGACGAAUUCUUGUUUUUCAAGGGUAUGGCUUUGAUUCAUCUGCGAAAGUAAGAAUCUGUGGAAACGAGUGCAUUCUUUCUCCGACCCACAACACGACAACCACGGAACUGGCCUGCGAGGCACCAAGUCAUAUUUUGGACGACAUUGAUACAAUAUGCAACAUAAAAAUGACUUUGAACGGUUUAAGUUCGAACAUUGGCAUGGGAUUUACUUACAAAGUGGCACAGACCUCCCAAAUAGCUUCUGUCACGCCACCCCGUGGAGGAACAGGUGGAGGAACUACGCUUACAAUACAAGGCUCGGGAUUCAGUGAUACCCAAAGCGACAAUGUUGUCACCAUAGAUGGCACUGAAUGUGUGGUUACCUUCGCAAAUUCGACACUCAUCCUAUGUACAACUGGACCCCAUAGCAGGACCAUCGAGACUAAAGUUCGAGUGGAGGUUGGAAACAAUGGCAAGGCAAUAGAUGAAGCAGCAUAUUUCUUCUACGUCGACGUAUGGUCGUCGCCAUUUACAUGGGGCUACAAUAAUCCUCCUGAAGCAGGCACUUUCGUGACCAUCAAGAAAGGACAGACGAUCCUGCUAGAUCAAGACACACCGGCUCUGAAGUUUCUUCUGAUACAAGGAGGAACGCUAAUAUUUGACAUGGAAAAGCCUUCUCUUCACUUGCAAGCAGAAAACAUUCUUAUAACCGAUAACGGUUGCCUCCAAGUAGGUACUGAAGAUGACCCAUUUCCCGGCCAGGCACUUAUCACUCUGCACGGCCAUGUUCGUUCAAGAGAGAUUCCUGUGUUUGGCACCAAGAGCAUUGCGCUACGCGAGGGAAAGCUUGAUCUUCAUGGGCUACAUGUCCCAAUCACGUGGACACAUCUAAGCUCAACGGCGGAGGUUAACGCAACUCAGCUACAUCUUGUCAAACAGGUCUCUUGGAAACCAGGUGAUCGCAUCAUUCUGGCACCAACUGGAAAAUCGCAGCGAGAGUUUGAAGAGCUUACCAUCACAGCCGUUCUCAACGAUAAUUACACCUUAGAAGUCUCGCCACCGCUGAAGUACAAACAGAUUUCUAUAAUCCAGACGUUCGAUGGUAUUCAUAAAGUGGAGACGCGCGCAGAGGUGGGUUUACUGACGCGAAACGUGAGGGUGCGAGGCUCAGUGCACAGCGCAUGGACAGAGAAAAUCGAAGCGUGCGAAGACGAGUUUAGACCAGGACAAUUUCAGACCCAGACUUGCUUCCAAGGAAAAUUUGGCGAAGAAGUUGGAAGCGAUGAAUUUGGUGUAACCAUCAUGAUUCAUGCUCCUGAGGAAAGUAAGAACUUGGUGACAGCAAGGUUUAGUUAUGUAGAAAUCUCGAAUGCAGGACAGGCAUUCCGUCUUGGUCGUUAUCCGAUACAUUUUCAUCUCAGUGGCGACGUCUCAGGUUCAUAUGUCCGCGGCUGCGCAAUACAUCACAGCUUCAACCGUGCUAUAACAAUGCAUGGCAUUCAUAACCUUCAUGUUAGCCAUAAUGUUGUGUUCAAUGUCCGCGGGAAUUGCUUCUUCAUGGAGGACGGCAUAGAAACUGGUAACGUGGUCGAAUACAAUUUGGGUAUAUUUGUCAUCGCCUCUACAUCUGCACUAAAUGUCGACAUAACUCCAGCAACUUACUGGGUAACAAAUGCCAACAACACGGUGCGUCAUAAUGCAGCCGCAGGAGGAAGCCAUUUCGGGUUUUGGUACCAGAUGUUUGAGCACCCAGACGGCCCGUCUUUUAGACCGGAUUACUGCCCGAGGAAUGUCUUCAUGCUCGAAUUUUUCAACAACUCUGCUCAUUCGUUUGGACGCUAUGGGUUGUGGAUUUUUCCGGUUUAUCAUCCCAUGGAAGGAGGAAGCUGUGGAUCAAUUAUUACUAAGCCUGCUGUGUUUGGCUCUUUUAUCGCCUACAACAACAUGCGUGGGGCAGAAGCCGUGAAAAUAGGAGCAGUUCAAAUGCACGACUUUAAAAUGCUCGAUAAUGAUAUCGCUGGAAUUGAAUACGUAUUUGCCGAUACCAAAGAUGCUCCGAGGGGGGGUCCUAGAAUUAAAAAUGCGCUUAUCGUUGGUCACAGCCAGGUGAGUGAAGGCCUGGAUUUGAAAAUACGGAGCAACACACUUUGUACGACCUCCGGCAUAAAAUUACCACAGUUCUCCAAACUCGUUGUUGAAAACGUCACCUUCGUGAACUUCGACCAAGAAGGCUGUACCUGUUACAGUGCUUGCGCUCAGUGUGUGGAGUUUAAAAAGAAAGGCGGAUGGACCACGUACACCAUGAAAAAUCGUUUUGUGAACUCCCCACGCCGAAGUGCCUUCCUCUGGAGUCAUGAGUCGGUCAUAGUCGAUCUAGAUGGCACUCUGACUGGAUAUCCAAACGGCAGCCUCGUGCCACUAAACGCGAAUCUACCACCAGACCAUUGUUUCUAUUCUCCCCAGGAUAGCUACGGUCCUCACAAUGGAAGUGUCUGCGACUCAACUGUGAAAUUUAGGAGAUUUGCUUUUAAUGAGGUUGCGCCAGAAUCCCUCAUAAGCAAAAACGUUUUGUUGGAAAACAGACAUGGGAUGGACGUGGUGCCUUUCUGCAUUAAGUGCUCGACACAUCCUCAAGGCUGGGUCACGCUCUUGAUACUUGGAGAAGAGUACAACAUCACUUUUGAAAAUGCUUGGCAGCUAACAAACAUCACCUACAGCGGUAAGUUUUACGACAUGGAAGAAAAUGACCAUAUCUGGAUAAAGCACUGGUUGGUGCAAACGCCUGAUCAUUUCACCACCACUGGAGCUUAUCAAAACAAAACCGACGUCACUCCACCGGCUAACGCUCAACACGGUAACUGGAGUUUCGUAAACGAGACUAAGGAGUUCACAUACAUUGCCUCCGGCAGGGAUGCUCCUCGCACACCAAAUAACAACAUCGAACCCCGAGAUGUCACGCUGCGAGUAUAUCGUUGCUUUUAUGAGAAAUGUAUUGUUCCGGUACCACCUCCCCCUCCUAAAGGAAGACCUGCAAAAGUCCAGCUUUGGUCCAACGUGGAUGACUGGGAUGGCACUGAACCUAUGUAUGGGGGUUAUGGACGAAGGUUACCAACCAAUGGGAGUGACGUUAUGAUACAGACUCACUGGUACAUGGUGGCAGACAUAGAAUUGCCAUAUUUAAACCAACUGUUCAUAUAUGGAACACUUGAGAUAGAUGACAGACCAGGUAUGGUCCUGAAUGCUUCUAUUAUCUUUGUUGCCGGAGGAUUGAUCGUAGGAUGGCCGGAUCAGCCUUAUCUAUCGAAUUUUAUGAUCAGCCUCCAGGGCAACGUGUAUAGUGAGGACCUACCUUUGCGGGAUGUUAAUGUUGGAAGCAAGGCCCUUGGCGUGUUUGGAUUCCUGUGGAUGCACGGGCGGCCAAGAAAAGUGUAUUGGACUCAUUUAGCUGUUACUGCUGAAGCUGGAGACCAUUCGGUACUACUAUCCGAGACCGUUGAUUGGAAUAUUGGCGACGAAAUUGUCAUUACAUCGACUACAGUUGAGCCACAGCAAACAGAAAAGUUCUUUAUAACGGCCAUUACACAAAACAGGAGAAAUUUGACUCUAGACAAAGCUCUUCAGUAUAAACAUAUUGCCGUGACUCACACGGCCGGUAAUUGGACUUAUACUUUGGCGGCAGAAGUGGGACUGUUAACCAGAAAUAUCUUGGUGGAGGGAGCAGACUACCCAACUGGAGCUUGGGACCAAUCUUUUGGAUGCAGAGUUCUGAUUGGCCGAACGUCAAUUGAGGGAAUUGAAUUUAAGGGCAGUGCCAGGAUUGAAAAUGUCGAGUUCAACCGCUGUGGACAGGAGGGCUGGAUUGAUGAUUACGAUCCUAGAUUUGCUUUAGCGUUCCUCGAUACCGGUGACGUGGAAGGAAAUACUUCAUAUGUCCGUGGGAAUUCAUUCCACGACGGUUUCAACACUGGUAUUGGUGUGCUCGGAACGAAUAACUUGAACAUUGAGGACAAUAUUGUCCACCACACAGUGGGCCCUUCAAUAAGAGUCACUGGCAGCUUUGUUAGUUUAUUACGAAAUCUGGCAGUUUAUUCUAUCUCAAUACAUACAUACAACGGACGAAAGGAUAAAUCAAAUCUGCACUGGCCAGGAGCAAUAGAAGUGUACGAAGCCAAGGAAGUUAUCUUGAUUAACAACACAGUGGCUGGGAGUGAACGUUUUGGGUUUAAAAUUGGUGGCGAGAAGUGUUCAGACGGCCCAGGGGUAUCUGUUGGGAACGAAGUUCACGGUGCUUGGCAUGGAAUGCAUUUUCCUUACAAAGGAGGAAUUCCAGGGUGUUCCAUGCUUUCUGGUUACCUGACUUGGAGAAACUACGACUAUGGUAUCUUCCUUUACGGCGAGCCCAGUGUUAUAAUAGAUAACGUCAUAUCCGUGGAGAAUACAGUUGGUAUGUUACCGAAUGUGUGGGGUCCGCAUGCCCUGUCGCAUCAGACUGCUGACAAAUACGUUAUUGUGAGGAACACGCUCAUCGUGGGCACGAGUCCUGGUUACGACUGUGAGCAUGAUAGCAUCUUACCAUACGCCAGGCAACCAUAUAACUCGAUUAAAAUUCAAAAGACACCGGAAGACGGUAAAAUUGGAAUAACUAUAUCGCAAUUUAGCUCACUCCCUGCACCUGGGCCGAUUAUGACGUGGGAGAGCCCUCAUGAUUAUUCAGCAAUUAAUGGCUACACUCUUUAUCACGAGGUGACCUUCUUUGGUUUUCAAGAGACUUGUGGGAAGAGACAUCACGCUAUCAUGUCUAACGAGUGGAUUGGCGACAUUAUACAUCCCAUGGAUGUGCGAGGAUUACAUUUUGUAUCAGUUGACGAAGAAUCUAAGCUGCUCUUGAACGUGCCAACACCUCAGUGGGUCAACCCAUCCGACUGCGUGGAUAUGGACUGCGACGCCAGGAGGCAAAUCCUUAUCCGAGAUCUCGAUGGUUCUUUGACAGGCGCUGUUGGGGGCUCGGUGCUCGCAAAGGCCGAGUUCGAGUGGGGCGGAGACAAGCGAUACGGAUUGGGUGAUUACCGCGUUCCGAAACCUGCCACGACGUUACCCGAUGGUACUAGACUUGACAUGUCGGUCGUUGCUCCAGAGAAGGGAAUUGUUCGCGGCACACCUGGUCAUAGCAUGUGCUCGUGGUAUGGUAACUGGAAUGCGUACAAGUGUAACGACAUUGAUUACAGGAUGUUAGUUAUUGAGAGUUUAGAUGCUGACACUGAGACCAGACGAUUGUCACCAGUUGCUCUGAUUGCAAAUGGUUAUGUCAAUCUUCUUAAUGGGCCCAUGGACCACGGUUGGUGCCUGGGAUACACGUGCCAAGAAAGGAUUUCAACAUUUUACGGGAUAGUGGCGACUGGAACAAACUACUCUCUUUAUUUUACCAGUAAUGAGCCCCAAAAACUCAGGCUUCAUAUGUUAAACAGUGAUCCCACAGAUGCGGUCCGUGUUGGUAUAUUCUAUCAAAGACCUCAGAGGCAGGAUGUGUACAGAGAAGGAAUAUUUAUAAAUCCAACAAACGCAAGGCUCCAAGGAUCAGAAUUCACUUUAAUUGACAAGCCCGCGGGUGCUCCUGACGACUACUUUGAACCACCGCUGACCAGUGUUAGUGGUGCUAAUUAUUUCGAUCGUGAACGUGCAACUUUAUUUGUCGUUUUGCGCGGUUCCAACCCGGUGGACAUCAUAGUCAUGCGUGUCGUUAAGGUACAAAUUGGAAUGAAGGCUGUUUCCAUUGAUGACUUUUUCAAAGUGAACCUUGUGAAUAACCUGGCUGACCUGCUGGGUAUCGACAAAUCCCUUAUCCGAGUGGUGAACAUUGUUAGUGCCGACGGUAGCGGUCGGAGACGGCGUCGAUCCGCUGGUGACGUUUCCGUGGAAAUUGAGAUUGCUGAUCCUCCUCAGGCUUCAAAUACUUCAUCGAACUACACAGGAGUUAACAAGACUACCUCCUAUGAUGAGCUUAAAGAGAUUGGAGACUCAGUAGUGGAGAAUGUGCAGACAGGGCAACUUGCGCAGCAACUCAACACUGAAAUCGUAUCGCUGUCCAUAGCGGACCCAAUCCCUGAGCCUGUUGACCCGACCGGAGGUGUUCGAGCUACCAACGAAACUUAUCAACAGAACGUAACAGGCAACUCUACCCUUCGGUAUGACGAAGUCCAAGCUGAGAAGGAGGCAGAAGAAGCAAGUAACGUGUUCAGCUUCCUUAUUCCCUCUAGAUUGGAGGUGGUGACUGAGCCGAGUGGCGGGAACGAGACUGUACCGUUCACUGCACAGCCCAAACUCAAACUUGUGGACGUUGAUGGCAAGUUAGUAACUACCUUAGGGCACGGUUCGCUUAGUAAGUGGACUGUCAUGGCAACCAUACAGAAUGACACCGGGGACUCCAUGGCGGUGUUAGAAGGAAAUGUGACUGUGACACUGGUUAAUGGAUGGGCGAAUUUCACCGAUUUAAGUAUCACUCACAACGGUUCUGACUACAAAUUAUUCUUCUAUGUCAACAAACCAGCAGCUUCUCGCUUUAACGCUACUUCGCAGUCAUUUGAGGUCAAAGAAAGAAUCAUGUAUUUUACUGUAACCACCCAACCCGAAGACGCGAACGAAACAGUCAGUUUUGGACAGCAGCCCAGAAUUGAGGUUCGAGAUUCAGCGAACGGUAAAAUUGUGGACAACACUGGCUGGAAAGGACGUCGUUGGUUGUUCACUGCCUCACUGGCUAAUCCUGCGGAUAACAAUGGACAUGUAAAUGGUACAGCUGAAGUAGACUUUGUCGAAGGUGUAGCCUCGUUUUCAAACCUCAGCAUCGACAUCUCUGGAAUAAACUACAUCCUAGCACUUGAGGUCAAGACUGAUCCGGCCUCAAGCUAUGCCUUUAUUGGCAAUUCCACGGCAUUUAAUGUAUCUGAGAGAAUGCUUUAUCUCAAAAUUGCGCAACAACCUGGUGAUUGUAAUGACACAGUGAUCUGUGGCAGUCAGCCGAUUGUAGAGAUAAGGAAUGCAUAUCCAGACUCGCUGGUAGAUAACAUCGGUUGGAGAGGGAGAACUUGGUCGAUAAAUGCCACAAUGGUCGGUGCUAAGAACUCUGUAGUCAACGGUACUACUUUAUUUCCAGUUGAAACCAAUGGGCGCGUGGAAUUUCAAGAUUUGCGUUUCUUCGACGUGGCUCAAGAGCGUCAAAUGAAGUUCACCGUUAUCACAGAACCAGUCUCUUCCUAUUCAAGUCUAUCCGUAACCUCAGAGACUUUCAACAUAAGUGCGCGAGAAUUCUACCUAGAAGUCAUUACACAGCCCGACAAAGCUAAUCAAUCAGAAAUAUUUGGAGUUCCCCCAGUUGUGGAAGUAAGAGACCUUGGUACGCGCAUGCGUGGAAACCCACUGAAAGGUUACUGGUCUAUUUCUGCUUCGCUCAAACCAUCUGAUUUAAAUGGAACAUUAAGUGGAGUGUUAAAUGUUACAGUGGAGGAAGAGAGAGUGGAGUUUAAGAACCUGUCUGUUUCUUUCUAUGGCAUUGGAUAUGAGCUGGUAUUCGAGUCCAACCAAGGCCACGUGGUUAACUCCCAGCCCUUCGAAGUUCGUUAUGUCAACGACUACUCACCCAUAUUUGACCCUGAUAAUGGUUCCUACAGCGCAUCUAUCUCGGAGGACACUUCCAAUGGCACGACCGUCAUCACGGUUACCGCAACUGAUCAAGAUUCUGGUUCUCAAGGAGAUAUUUCAUUCUCUAUAGUUGCUGGGAACACUGGGAACAAAUUUUCUAUCGACAGCUCGACUGGAGUUAUCACAACCAUCGAAGAGCUUGACCGUGAGACGACCGCCGUUUUUACGCUCACCGUGCGAGCAUCCGACGGUGCCGUUGCUGAAAAGGUGCGCUUCACAGACGGACAGGUAGUAGUUACUAUCUCUGAUAUUAAUGACAAUGCUCCUUCAUUUAACAACCCAUCAAUUGCCACUACUGUCAAGGAGGAUGCAGCUACCGGUGACGUCGUGAUCGCACUCAAUGCUCACGAUCCUGAUGAAGGCUUAAACAGCAAAGUCCUUUAUUUUAUAAUAGCAGGGAACGAAGCUGGAAUUUUCACCAUUAACAGCACUUCAGGGGAGGUGCAAGUAAAUGCUUCGGUCGACUUGGAUGAAGAACCGACACCUGAUUUCAAUCAUUCUUUAUUUGUCCUUGCUAAAGACAUGGGAACGCCAAGUAUGAACACAAGUGUUACAGUCAAUAUCAGCAUCGCGCCUGUCAAUGAGUUCACACCGCAGCUUCAACAUAAUUCCUCGUUUAACUUCAGUUUUGCUGAGAAUGAGCCUGCUGGGGAUGGAGUUUUUGUGUUUGAUGUCAACGCUACAGACCAGGACUAUGGGGAGCAGGGACGGGUUACUUUCGUCAUUAGCUCAGGUAACGACGAAGGGAAGUUUUCCCUUAAUGCAUCAACUGGAAAACUGAUGCUUAUAUCUUCACUCGAUUACGAAACCUCCCCAUCUUACACUCUGACAAUCCACACGCGUGACUCGGACCAUGAGGGAAACGUGAAGUUUGCGGUAUUUACCGUGUACGUGAGCGUGUUGGACUUGAACGAUAACGCACCCACAUUUUCUCAGCCUCGGUAUGAAGUGAAUGUUGAUGAAGACACAGCUGUUGGAUCAGAUGUAUUUACAUUCCUUGCUUCGGAUCCCGAUGGUGGUUUGAAUGGUCUCGUGUCGUAUUCAAUCUUGGUCAGGAAUUCAACUGAGUUUAGCGAUGGGUUAUGGAGUAUAAACUCUUCCAACGGAAAGCUCACGUUAAACGCCUCACUCGACAUGGAUAACAGGAAGCUUUCAACGUGGACGCACACUCUGGUUGUGGGAGCGCAGGAUGCUGGGACACCGUUGCUUUCCUCAAACACUACACUCAUCAUGCACGUGAUUCGCAAGAACGAAUUCGCACCAAGUUUUGCAUCCUCUGAUGUGUCAGUCAUAGUUAAUGAGGACAUUGUAGAGGGAAGCGUUAUUUACAAUGCAAAUGCUACCGAUGCGGAUUUUGGCAUAGACGGAGAGAUAGUAUACAGUAUUACAGACGGGAACAACGAUCUAAGGUUCAUGAUAGAUUCUGCAAAUGGUAUUAUAACCAACGAUGCUGCCUUAGACCGAGAAGUUCAGCGUACAUAUAGUCUUAUUGUCACAGCGACAGACCAAGCAACCAGCAACCGCAAAUCUGGAACGACCACCAUUCAUAUUAGUCUGAAGGAUGUUAAUGACAAUAUCCCUACCUUCUUUAAAAACUUUUACUCUAAACUUGUCGACGAGACUGUUACCGCUGGAGGGGAAAUCAUCACUUUGGAGGCAAAUGAUCCUGAUUCAGGAUCCAAUAGUGAGCUCACCUAUUCUAUUGCGAGCGGCAACGACCUAGGAUUUUUCAGCAUCGAGUCCAAGCAAGGCAUCAUCCGAGCAGCCAAGGACCUAGAUAUAGAGACUCAAAACCAUACCGCUGACCGUACAUACCAACUGGUUGUAUUUGUUAAGGACGCAGGAACACCUGUCCCGCUUAACAGCUCUGUACCUUUGGUCAUCACUGUACAGAACGUUAAUGACUUCACACCAGUCCUGGAUCAUGCUGAUAACCAAAUAAUAGAACUAAGAGAAAACACCAGCAUAGCAACAGUUAUCUUUGAUGUGAAUGCAACUGAUGGGGAUUACGGUGAAGAUGGUGUUCUGUCUUACUCCUUAACUGCUGGUAACAGUUUGGGAACAUUCGAUAUUGACAACGUCACGGGUGUCAUAACAUUAGCAAAGGAGUUGGAUUUUGAAACAGUUGGUGAGCACAAUUUGGAAGUCACUGUGAGUGACAGAAGUGUGGACCCUAGCAAAAGGAAGAAAAUCACAGCUCAUCUUAGGGUACGGGUCAUAAACAUCGAUGACAGCGGGAUGUACACAGCUAAAGCUCGACUCAUACAGGCAUUUAUCGCCUCUCCAAUGAAUCCAGCUGGUUUGGCUGGCGUUCCCCAUAAAUCUUUUUUGGAGGUGCUUUUGGUGUAUGAGAAUGGAACGGAGAUGGAUAUCACUUCAGAAGGGGACCGUUAUACAAUUGACGACUCUUCGAAAUCUAAUGGUCUCUUCAGUGCUACUUCUAAUGGCGCACCUUACAUCGAAGCAAACAACCAAGGAUUGUUCGGAACAGGCAAACUAAUCGUACAUGUCACGAAUGUCAAUUCUGUUGAAGUCAACGUUACUGUGGUGGGCAGUACUAACCUUGCUAUCAGCGCUGUGCCUUAUCCUGAAACUUCCGGCGCAUCGAAGGUUACAGAACUAAAACAGGUUAUCCAAGGACAUUACCAGCGGGUGUUACUCAAAGUUCUUCUCGGCCUGACAAAUGAACAAGUCGUUGAUGUUUCCAAUAAGCAUAACACUUCUUUUACGUUUAAAAACGCUCAGCAGAUAGGAGGUAGUUAUGAAUUUGGACCCUCUCCAAGCAAUCUUUUUUCGAUCGAAGGAAGUGGUUUGAGAGGAGAAGUCUCGUUACAAGCAGAGUUCGCGCGCAGUCAUGCAGCAGUUCUUAACUUGUCCUUGUCUUCAAUUGUCUCUAAACCUGUAAACAUCGUUCGGUUUGGCUUGGAAAAUGUCAAUAUGACUCUCAGUGGCCUGGCUAUGGAAAAAACUACCUCGGUGUUUGCUGAAAUAUUAAUGAGCGAUGGAUCGAGCUAUUUCAUCAACAACUUCACGAGUUACAGCGGCUUGCUAUCGUUUUCUUCAAGCAACCCUGCUUCAGCAAAAAUCGAUGCAUUGUCUGGCGUAGUGACCCUGAUGGCAGACAGCAGUAGCCGUGUCACCAUUUCGGCCAGCCUCAUUGCAAAUGCAAGUGUCACAGACGAAUUUUCCUUUUACUGCAACGUGGAGCCAAGGGUCGGUGAGAUUGAUAUCGGAGAGAAGGAGGGUCCGCCCAUACCGUCGCUUGAUAAAGACGAUACAUGGAAAAUGCCCAUCAGGGUAAACCCUGGCUCCAUGGGAAUCUUGGCAGUACAGGUAGAGAUUCAGUAUGACUUGGAUGACUUACAGUUAGACAGAGCUACUACUGUUUUACCGUAUAAAGUGGCGGGAAACACAGUUAUCAUAUUUGGACCAAUAGCAGCAUCAGAAGCCUUCUCGGAAAGUGUUGGCGAGCUUUCAUUCACGUCAAAGAAAAAUGGAGUCCCUGGGGUCAUGGUUGAAGUUUUCAGAACGGUAAAUAGAGAACUUUCAGAGGUGCCAAGUAAGAACGUCACAGUUUCUCCAUGUUCCAAGGAAAUAUCGGGUGACGUAGAUGUAGACUGUAGGUUCGACAUUGUUGAUGUCGCUUUCAUCAGUGGUUACAUCACUGCCUCUUCUAAAUCUCGAUUCACUGACGAGAUGAAGAAACGAAUGGAUGUUAACUGGGACGAGGUCAUUGACGUUAACGAUGCCUUUUUCUUGUCGCUUAUUUACCUGGAAAGCGCAAAAUUUGUGACUGAGCUGACAUAUCAAGUACCUGAUCACAACAAGGAGUCUUCUGAUCGGUGUGGCCUAGAACUCUCUCUGAAGCUAGCUAACAAGGAUGGAUCACCAGCUGUAAACCCCCAAACAGAAGUAUACUUUAUCUUCUCGCAUCAGGGUGCAGACGUAGGUGCACAACUUGCACGAACAACGUUUUCCACAGGAACUCCACAAUCUAUAGACGGUGCUUCAUUCGUAGAUGGCUUAAUAAAAGCUAGUUUUGCCAACGAGAAGUUCAUUAUUGCAACUGCAAACUCCGAGCUGCAAGCUACCGACGUGGGUGUGACUGUCCUGCAAGAGUUACCUAUCGAUGGAACGAGACAUGUUGUCGCGAUGUUCCCCUCCUCGAAUCCUGUCUCCAAUUUGGAUGCCAUCACCUGGACUAAAAAUCAGGCGAGCUUUACACCACAGCGUACAUUGCAACUUUCCGAGUCAACCGCAACUUGCAAUGAAAACGAUGACGAUCCGCUCGUUACGAUACCUGUGGAAUUUACCUUCGAAGGUGAUUACGAUCAGGUAAUCAAAGGCAAAGAAGAGCAGUUUCAAAGUUACUGCGAGAACCAACUAUCUAAGAUCUACCCUGAUGCGACUUUCUCUGACUGUCGCGUACGAAAGGGUAGCAUCGUAGCCACAUUCAACAUGACUUUGCGCCAAUCAAAGAAACAAGCAAUGGUAGACAACCUUUGGGACGACGUGAAAGAGGGGCUGAAAUUCGAGUUUAAUGGCGCAACACUUACAACGCGACCGAUCAUGAGGGUGGAUGGUGAGGAAAAGAAAGUAGUGGAUGCUCCUAAAGACGAAGAGGGCAUGGCGCUUUACAUCAUCAUUAUUGCGUGUGUUGUAGGAUUUUCAGUCAUUUUUCUAGUUGUCAUUGUAAUUUACUGUCGGUGCCGGAGAAGCAAAGUGAGAAAAAUCAAUCCAACGCCGCCAGAAACUCCGGACAUAUUCAUUGACAGUGAAAAAUACUCUAAAGGUUUUGGUGUAGAAACAAAGUAUCAUAAACCUAGUAGAAGUGCAACCUGGUCUGUGCACAGCUCUGUAGAGUCGAUGCGAAGCGAUGAUCAAAUAAAACGUACAACUCCAGUUGCUUUUGCAGAAACUGUGGAACCAGCUUUUGAAGAGAUAGAAGAACCUUUGCCAAGUUCUAAGAGUCCAAAGCUGACAUCGCAAGAUGACACUGAUCGCCCAAAACCAAUUCUUGCAUUUCCUAACGUCCCGUCCAAACAAGGAACACCCAGAACCACUCCACAUAUCAGCAGAAAAUCUUCACCAGUCCACAGUUCAAAAGGCAGUCUUCGGUCGAGUGAGGGUACGGACACUUCCCCGAUUCCUCCCACUUCACCUGAACUUUCGGUAUCAACUACAAGCUUUAGGACUGAGAUCCAAUCCCCUGUCAAAUCUGUUUCGGCUUUGGAAGAAACCUUGGUAAUAGGGGGAAUCUUUGACGAUGAUGAUGAUGAUGACUUCGAUGAAAAUCCAAGAGAAGAGGCUAUGCUGCGUAGGCGGGCGUCAUCUUUGGGGGAAAACAUGCCGGGUGUUCUGAUGGUCACAGAUCAAAUCGUAAAGCGACGCAAAAUGCAAGUGAAGGUGAUUCGACCAAACGCAGAGAUGGGGAUCCUAGCGCACAUGGCAGGAAUAGUGAACGCCAAGAAAGGAGGAACAUUAGCAGAAUUAAGGGAGGACAUCAAUCGUUCGCUGCCCGGUUACCUUGGUUCAGUGAGAUAAUUGUUUAUUUCACGAAAGUUUAAAAUCAUUGACCCUCGAACGGAGACACAAUUAGUGGUAUCCGCGCUUUAUAAGAAGACUGUCUAUGUCAAAGUGUUCCACGGUGCAGAGAGCUGCGAGUAUUUCUGCCUGUGUGGUAAGCCAGCUCAAGUGUGGUGCAAAAAGUGUAACACUCAAGGGUACUGUGGGGAUGAUUGUAUGGAACAGGAUGACGAACAGCACUCCUCGAUUUGUAGCAAGAGCAAGGCCAGGGCUUUGGAAAAUGCAAGGACAAGAAGAGUGUCUAACAUUUCAAAGAAAUGAUGUUGUUUUAUUGCGGUGUCUUAAAGUCAUGUGACAUAUCUUACCUUAGGGUCUAAAACGAAGCGAGAUCGUUUACAGACGAUAAAUAUGUCACAAGUUGUAGAUCGUAAGCACCUUUCCAGAAAGUUUUUGUUGGAAGUAUUUGGAUUUUUCUAAUAAUUGAUUUCAUUCAUAAUUCUCGCUUUUUAGAGGCAUCCCUUGCCCGUAAAAUGAAGCUAAGAGAGGAUCCUCUUUUGGUGGAGCUUAAUAUUCAGUGAAACUUUUCAAUGGUUUGAUUUCUGGUAAAUUGUAACCUCUUUUGGUAUUUUUUCAUGCUCAUGCAUACAUUUCUCAGAUAUCACAGCUUGAUGAUUAGAGUUUUUUGUUUUAUAAUAUUCAAACAAGCAAAGGAGCUUUAAGUAUUGCUUAUACGAUAUAUUUCGAACGCACUCACACUAAUGUACUAUCGUGCACCUCACUUGAAAGUACGUUUAACCAUAUUUGGAUUGAUGUAAAUCGUGCAGGACACGUUAAAUAUACAGCGUACGUGUAGUGUUUUAUUUUUAAGAACUAUGAGCUGGUUCAACAGUCACAUUUUUGGUUUGGAUAGGUUUUUCAGAACUGUAUACUGAGGAGAAUUUUUAAAUACAUAUCUUGAUAAAUCUUU